AUGUUUGUUCCCUGCAAACAUUUGCAGCUUCAGUAAAGGAAUCAAAACUAUCCAAGAAAUGUACUGAAAUGUCUCAAAUGUUGUUUAUUUUUGGAUUUUGUGCUGUCUGAGUAACCUGUGUAUUUACCGAGACAAGCGGCAGCCUCCUCGGGCUGAACGAGUCUGUCUACCUCCUUCAGAACAGAACCAGGCUCCUCAUGCUGUUUAUGUACCUUAUUCUGAAUACCAGGCCACUAAGUGCUUCAUCACUCAGAUGUUUCAACGGUUCCAGCAAUUUUUUUACACUUUAACUGUCAUCAUUUUUAUUAAGCAUGUUUGCUCUCACCACAAAAGUGGUAUUAGUGGUGGUGAUUUUUACGGACGCACUACAGACUUUGAAGAUUAUAUCUCCUGUCACAGCUACUGAUGCCCCCAGGACAUGUAGCGGCAGACAGUUUAUGUGUAAGGACCAGGUGACCUGCAUCUCAAGGAGCUGGCUCUGUGACGGUGACAAGGACUGUUAUGAUGGCUCUGACGAGGCACCAGAGAUUUGUGCGCACAGCCAUCCCCCUCGAUGCCCCCCUAACGAGGAGCAGUGUCCCGGCGUGGAGGUUUGUGUCCACAGGAGGAGGCUGUGUGACGGGGUGCGUGACUGCACCGAUGGCUGGGAUGAGGGGCCGCACUGUCGAGAAUUCGCUCAUGACUGCACACACUUGGGCUGCCAGUUCGACUGUUCCGUGGCACGGACUGGACCCGUGUGCUACUGCCAAGGUGCCUUUGAGCUUGGUCCAGAUGGCAAAGCAUGCAGAGAUAUCGAUGAGUGCACCGUGUAUGGCAUGUGCAGCCAGACCUGCACCAACAGCGAGGGCUCCUACAGCUGCGGCUGCGUGAGCGGUUACCGGCUGCAGGCAGACAAUCGCUCCUGCAAAGCCACCAACGACCCUGCAGAUCGCCCGGCCGUGCUCGUCAUUGCUAGCUCCCGUAACAUCCAGGCCAGCUUGCUGAACAGCAGCUCUACCCACAGUCUGCUGUCCAUAAGAACCAGGGAGGUGACUGCCAUGGACGUUAUCUACAGAGAGGAGACCGUGUGCUGGAUCAGUGUCCUUAGUAACUUGCACGCUGACACCCAACUCAGAUGUGCUCGGAUCCCCAACCUGAAGGGCGUCACGGAGGAAAGGACCAUCAAUAUCUCACUUAGUCUGCAGAAUGUGAUACAAAUGGCCAUUGACUGGCUGACAGGAAAUUUCUACUUUGUGGAUCGCAAUGAUCACAUAUUUGUCUGUAACAAAUUUGGAGAUACCUGUGUCAUACUACUGGAUAAGGAGUUUCUCGGUCCCAGUAGGAUUGCCCUGGACCCCAUCAUGGGGAAGGUGUUCUUCACAAACAGCAGGCCCCCCAAAGUCGAGCGCUGCGACAUGGACGGGCAGAAUCGCACCAAGAUAGUGGACAUCAAGAUAGUCUCCCCUUCUGGCCUCACGCUGGAUCUGGUCAGCAGGCUGGUGUACUGGACCGAUCACUACCUACAGCACAUCGAGGUGGUGGACUACGAAGGAAGGAACCGGCGCAGCAUCUCACAGGGUUUACUGAUUGAAUAUUUUUUCAGUCUCACACUGUUUGAGAAAGAUCUGUUUGGCAUUAACAAACAAAAGGGCAAGUCACAGUCCACGACCAGUGUCAUCAGAGUCAACCGCUUCAAUGGCUCUGACCACGAGGUCAUAACCCAUGUGGAGGACGGGGAGGCCCUGCACAUCUACCACCAGCAAUGCCAACCUCCAGUACGCACGCACGCGUGUGAGCCGGACCAGUUGGGGAAAGCGGGGGGAUGCUCGGACAUCUGUCUCCUGGGAAACAGCCAUAAGUCUCGCACCUGCCGUUGCCGUCUGGGUUUCCGGCUGGACAGUGAUGGGAGGUCCUGCAAGAGGUUUGAUCGUGAGCUCUUCCUUGUGUAUGCGAGAAGUGAUCCUGGUAUUAUACGUGGAAUGAAUAUCAACACUACGGAUCCUGUAGAUUCCAUGAUCCCCAUUCAGAAUCUUCAGACUCCGCAAGCCCUGGACUUCCACGCCAAGAGCAAGUUCAUUUAUUUUGCCGACAGUACCAAAGAUGUCAUUGGCCGGCAAAAAAUCGAUGGCAAGGAGAGGGAAGACAUCCUGACUACAGGAAUGCAGAAAGUAGAAGGCAUUGCUGUGGACUGGGUGGCUGACAACUUGUACUGGACUGACCAUGAACUCCAGAGCAUCAGCGUGGCACGUUUGGCAAAUGCUUCCCAGACUGCCAAGACCCUCAUUGAGGGCAGUGUGAGAUACCCCCGUGCUAUUGUGGUGGACCCCUUACAUGGGUGGAUGUACUGGACAUCUUUGCAUGAGGACCCAGAAGCAAGCAAUGUGGAAAAGAUUGAGAGGGCCUGGAUGGAUGGAACCAACCGGAACAUGCUUUUCACCAGCAAAAGGGUUACACGGCUAAUUGGCCUGAGUCUGGACAUACCACAGGGCCUCCUUUACUGGGUAGAUGCCUACCAUGACCGGAUUGAGAUGCUCUAUCUCAGUAACACAACACGCAAGACAGUGUAUGAGGGAGAGAAGCUCAACCACGCCAUUGGCCUGUGUCACCAUGGAGACUUCCUGUUCUGGAAUGAGUACCACAGCGGCAACAUCUACAGGCUGGACCAGAAGAGCAAGGAGGUGACAUUGCUGCAUAAUGAGCGACGACCCAUCUUUCAGAUCCACAUGUACGAUGCACAGCUGCAGCAAGGCUCCAAUGAAUGCCAUGCCAGCAAUGGUGGCUGCAGUGUCCUGUGUCUGGCUGUCCCAGGCGGCCGUCGCUGUGCCUGUGCAGAUGACCAGCUACUCAAUACGGACAACGUCAGCUGCACAGCCAACUUUCCCAGGAGCUCCCAUCAGCAAUGUCACCCAUCGCAGUUUAUGUGCCGCGACAAGCGUUGCAUCCCUGAGAACUGGAAGUGCGAUGGGGCAAAUGACUGCAGGGACAACAGUGAUGAGGACCCCAACCUCUGCUCCCAACACUCCUGCCCCAAGUACAGUUUCAGGUGUCAGGAUAAUCACUGCAUCCCACUGCAUUGGGUGUGUGAUGGGCACAGCGACUGCGCCGACCACGAAGAUGAGUCCAACUUCACCUGCUCUGCACAGACAUGCCCGCCUAACCAGUUCUCCUGCUCCACUGGCCGAUGCAUCUCAGUCUCCUGGGUCUGUGAUCUGGAAGAUGACUGUGGGGACCGUUCAGAUGAACAUAAUUGUGUUUUUCCGACCUGUUCCCCCAUCAGUCAGUUCACAUGCCGCAAUGGCCGCUGCAUUGAUGUCCUUUGGCACUGUGACCAUGAUAACGACUGCUGGGAUAACAGCGAUGAGGUCGGCUGCAGCCGCUCCUGCACCAGUACCCAGUUCAAGUGCGAUAGCGGCCGCUGCAUCUCUGAGUCCUGGACCUGUGACAGAGAAGAUGACUGCGGGGACUACAGUGACGAGGACAACGCCAAUUGCACCUCACAGGCCAUUCUACCCCAAAGCUGGUGUGAUGCAGAACAUUUCCAGUGCCAUGUUGGAGGCCAAUGCAUCCCCAUUCACUGGCGCUGUGACGGAGACGUGGACUGCAAGGACCUCAGCGACGAGAAGAACUGCGAUGGUGACACGCGCAUAUGCAACCCUGCCGACCAUUUCCGCUGCAGGGACUCCGAGGUCUGCAUCCGGGCAUCCUGGAAAUGCGAUGGGGACAGAGACUGUGAGGAUGGUUCUGAUGAGGAAGACUGCAAGAAAGGGACCUGCGAGGCCUCCCACCACGCCUGUGCCAACAACAGCUCCAUUUGUCUGCCAGAUGAGAAAUUGUGCGACGGUUUUGACGACUGCCCUGACGGGUCCGACGAGUGGCGCUGUGAAUUGUGCUCCAUGGCCAAUGGCGGAUGCAGCCAUAACUGCACUGCGGCUGCCGAUGAGGGCAUCAUCUGCACCUGCCCCCUGGGAAUGGAGCUAGGCUCGGAUAUCAAGACCUGCCAAAUUCAGAGCCUCUGCGCCAAGCACUUGCGGUGCAGCCAGCGCUGUGAGCAGCACAAGUUCAGCGUGAAAUGCUCUUGCUACGAGGGUUGGGCCCUGGAGGCUGACAUGGACACCUGUAGGAGCACUGAUCCUUUUCAGCCCUUUAUCAUAUUCUCCAACCGGCAUGAAAUCCGACGCAUUGACCUCUAUGGGGGCAAGUACAACCUGCUGGUUCCCAAACUCAGCAACACCAUUGCUCUGGAUUUCCAUUUCAGCCACAGCACCCUCUACUGGACAGAUGUGUUGGAAGACAAGAUCUAUCGUAGCAAGUUGUCCGAUAAUGGUGGCAUCACUGACAUCGAGGUUGUGAUCCAGUAUGGCCUGGCCACUCCAGAGGGCCUGGCGAUCGACUGGAUCGCCGACAACAUCUACUGGGUGGAAAGCAACCUGGAUCAGAUCGAGGUGGCUAAGCUGGAUGGCUCCAUGAGGACCACAUUGAUGGCUGGAGGAGUGGAUCACCCUCGUGCUAUUGCCCUGGAUCCCAGAUGCGGUAUCCUCUUCUGGACUGACUGGGAUGCCAAGAUCCCCAGAAUCGAAGCAGCCUCAAUGAGCGGGGAGGGUCGGCACACUGUCCACAGGGAGACAGGCGGGGGGGGCUGGCCCAAUGGACUCACUGUGGACUAUGAGGAGCUCCGUGUCCUGUGGAUUGAUGCUCGGUCAGACGCCAUUUAUUCUGCGAAGUAUGACGGAUCUGGGCUCAUCGAGGUUCUUCGGGGCCAUGAGUACAUUUCCCAUCCUUUUGCUGUCACUGUGUAUGGCAGCGACAUCUACUGGACGGACUGGCGCACUAAUACUCUGGCUAAGGCUAACAAGUGGACAGGACGCAACGUAACGGUGGUACAGAGAAGCGGCACGCAGUCCUUUGACCUGCAGGUGUACCACCCUUCCAGACAGCCCCUGGCACCAAACCCUUGUGCAGCUCAUGGUGGUCGGGGCUCCUGUUCCCACCUCUGCCUCAUCAACUACAACCAGAGCUUCUCCUGUGCUUGCCCCCACCUCAUGAAGCUCCACUCCGAUAAGCACACAUGCUAUGAAUCUCGCCAGUUCCUCCUGUAUGCAGGACAGACUGAAAUUCGGGGAGUGGACCUUGAAAACCCCUACUUCAACUACAUCAAUUCCUUCACGGCGCCAUCCUUGGGCAAGGUUACAGUCGUGGAUUAUGAUGCUUCUGAAAACCGUAUCUACUGGUCUGAUGUGCACACAGAGACCAUUAAGAAGGCCUACAUCAAUGGCACAGGGCUCCAGACUGUGGCAUCUGCUGACCUGCCCAGUGUUCAUGGACUGGCAGUGGACUGGGUCUCCCGGAACCUGUUCUGGACCAGUUAUGACAACAACAGGAAGCAAAUCAAUGUAGCACGGCUGGAUGGCUCCUUCAAAAAGAUCAUUAUUGAGGGCCUGGACAAGCCCCAACAGCUAAUAUUGCACCCCCAGCUUGGGAAACUGUACUGGAUAGAUGGAGACAACAUCAGCACUGCAGACAUGGACGGCAAGAACCACAGAGUUCUGUUCACCAGUCAGAAAGGCCCAGUGGGUCUGUCUAUUGACUUUGAUGUUGAGCACUUGUACUGGAUCAGUUCAGGAAACAGCACCAUCAACCGCUGCAAACUGGAUGGCAGUGGUCUAGAGGUCCUGGAAAAGGUCAAGGGAAAGCUGACCAAAGCGACAGCAUUAGCCAUUAUGGGAAGUAAGCUGUGGUGGGCUGACCAAGGUAGAGGACAGAUUGGAACAUGUGACAAGGAAGAUGGAGGCAGCUGGAAGGUCUUGAGGAAUGGCUCCUUCUCUAUAAUGCACAUGAAGAUCUACAAUGGGACUGUGCAGAAGGGUAGUAACAUGUGUAGCAAAAACAAUGGAAACUGCUCCCAGCUGUGCCUGCCCACUUCGGCCAGCAGCAGGUCCUGCGUGUGUAUGGCCGGCUACAGCCUGGAUAGGGACCAGGAGACCUGCGGAGGAGUGGGUUCCUUCCUGUUAUAUUCAGUGCAGGAGACCAUUCGGGGAAUUCCUUUGGAGCCUUCGGAUAAGUCCGAUGCGCUGAUGCCCGUGUCAGGCAUCUUCUUGGGAGUCGGCAUUGACUUCCAUGCUGAGAGUGACACUAUCUACUGGGCUGAUAUGGGCCUGAGUACCAUCAGCUGGAUUAAGCGAGACCAGACCUCGCGAGGAGACAUCGUGAACAGUGGUAUUGGGCGAGUGGAGGGCAUUGCUGUUGACUGGAUCGCAGGUAAUAUCUACUGGACAGAUCAGGGCUUUGAUAUAAUCGAGAUGGCCAGGCUAAACGGGUCUUUCCGCUAUGUGGUCAUCCCUGAUGGUUUGGACAAGCCCCGUGCCAUUGCGGUCCACCCAGAGAAAGGGUACCUGUUUUGGACAGAGUGGGGCCACCACCCACGCGUUGAGAGGUCCCGUUUAGACGGCUCCCAGAGGGACGUUCUGGUUCACAUUGGUAUCAGCUGGCCAAACGGCCUUACCAUUGACUACCAGGAGGGCUUGCUAUAUUGGUGUGAUGCAGGGACAAAUAAGAUAGAACGCAUAAACCUGGAGACCGGAGAAAACAGGGAGGUGGUCUUGGCGCACACCAACACAGAUAUGUUCUCACUCUCCAUCCUCGGGAGCUACAUUUACUGGACUGACAGGACCCAUGACAACGGUUCCAUCAAGAGGGGUAACAAAGAUAACGCCAGUGAGGUGGUGUCUCUGAGAACAGACAUUGGGGCCCAACUAAAAGAUAUCAAAGUCUUUAGCAAAACAAGGCAACAAGGAACAAAUAGCUGCAAAAACAACAAUGGUGGUUGCCAGCAGCUGUGUCUUUACCAUGGUAACGGCCAACACACAUGUGCCUGUGCUCAAGGAAUGUUGGCAAAGGAUGGGCAUGGAUGCCAAGACUAUGAGGGCUACCUGCUCUACUCAGAGUGCACUGCCCUUAAGAGUGCCUACCUAGGGGAUGAGAGAAACUUCAAUUCACCCAUUCGCCCUUUAGAGGACCCUGUGCACAUGAAAAAUGUGAUCGCCCUUACCUUUGACUUCCGGGGUAGCAGUAGCAACGGCUUCAACCGUAUCUUCUUCAGUGACAUCCACUUUGGAAACAUCCAGCAGAUCAAUGAUGAUGCUUCUGGUCAGAAGGUCAUAGUGGAGAAGGUGGGGUCAGUUGAAGGCCUAGCUUAUCACCGGUCUUGGGAUGCACUGUAUUGGACUAGUUAUACCACUUCCACCAUCACCCGACAUUCAGUAGAGCAGAGCCGCUGGGAUGCUUUUAAUCAAGAAAUUGUGGUUACUAUGUCAACAGAUGACCACCCCCGUGCUAUAGUGCUGGAUGAGUGUCAGGGUCUAAUGUUCUGGACUAACUGGAAUGAGCGAUCUCCUAGCAUCAUGAGGGCAUCACUGUCAGGGGGCAAUGUGCUGGCCGUCAUCAGCAGCGAUAUCCGCAUGCCUAGUGGUUUAACCAUCGACCACCAUACUGAGAAACUCUACUUCUCUGAUGCCAGACUGGAAAGGAUUGAGCGGUGCGAGUAUGAUGGCAGCCAUCGCUAUGUGGUGCUGAAGAAGGAACCCAUACAUCCAUUUGCCCUGGCCGUCUAUGGAGGCCAUAUAUUCUGGACGGAUUGGGCACGGAAAGCUGUGCUCAGGGCUGACAAAUAUGCUGGGGCCGAUGUGAAGGUGCUUCGCUCUGACAUCCUCCAUCAGCCAAUGGGCAUCAUCGCUGUGGCCAAUGAUACCAACAGCUGCAAGUCUUCUCCAUGCCGAUUGAACAAUGGGGGCUGUCAGGAUCUGUGUCUGUUGACACCUGAGGGGCGGGUCAAUUGCAGCUGCCGUGGCAACCGCAAACUACUGGAGGACAACACCUGUACAGCUCCAGACUCUGCGUGCAAUGCUGUGGAUGAGUUUGAGUGUGGGAAUGGAGACUGCAUCAAGUACAACCUGACGUGCGAUGGGAUGUCCCACUGCAAAGAUGAGUCAGAUGAGAAGCAGGCCUACUGUGCCAAUCGCAGGUGUAAAAGCGGCUUCCGGCGGUGCUUAAAUGGACGCUGCAUCAGCAAUCUCCUUUGGUGCAACGGCAUUGAUGACUGCGAGGAUCUCUCAGAUGAGCUGCCAUGCAACAAAACUCGGUGCUCAGAAGAUGAAUUUCAGUGCUGGAGCGGAGGUUGCAUCAGCAAUGCCAGCCAGUGUAACCAGGUGGUGGACUGUGAGGACGCCAGCGAUGAGAUGAACUGUGCCGACACUGACUGCUCCAGUUACUUCCGUCUUGGAGUGAAGGGUGUUACAUUCCAGAAGUGCUCCAUGACUACCCUCUGUUAUGCGACUUCUUGGUUGUGUGAUGGGUCGAAUGACUGUGGGGAUUACUCUGAUGAGGUGAACUGCCCAGACAAAAGGAAGCCGAAAUGUCCAUCAGGCUUCUUCACUUGCCCCAGUGGCCGCUGCAUUCCAUCAAGUUGGACGUGCGACGGAGAGAAUGACUGUGAAAAUGGGGCUGAUGAGCACCACUGCGACAAAUUCUGCUCUUCCACCCAGUUUGAAUGUGGGAACCAUCACUGUAUCUAUAAGCACUGGGUGUGCGAUGGUGCCGAUGAUUGUGGGGAUGGCACUGACGAGGGCAUCAGUUGCCCAGGAAACAGGACCUGCAGCCCCAAGUCUUUCCAUUGCCCAGAUUCCCAUGUGUGUAUCCCCUUACACUGGAAGUGUGACGGAGACCAAGACUGUCCAGGUGGAGCUGAUGAGGAUGCCAGAGCCCAGUGCAUGCUCAGCAGCACAUGUGAUGGAAACUCCUUCAUGUGCCAGGAUAGACAGUGCAUUCCCAGCCAGUUUGUGUGUGACCAUGACAUUGACUGUUCAGAUGGCUCAGACGAGUCCCCAGAGUGUGAAUACCCCACCUGUGGGCCUGAAGAAUUUCAUUGUUCCAAUGGACAGUGCCUUCCCAAUAAGAAGCUGGAGUGUGACGACAAAUAUGACUGUCAUGACUACUCAGAUGAAGCACCUGAAAAUCCUCACUGCAAUAACUCAGUAAAAACUUGCAACAGCUCUGCCUACACGUGCAAGAAUGGAAACUGUGUCAAUGAGACGCAGCUGUGCGACCACAAUGACGAUUGUGGUGAUGGCUCAGAUGAGCUUAACUGCUUCAUAAAUGAGUGUCUGAACAGCGAGCUGAGUGGCUGCUCACAACAGUGUGAAGACCUCAAGAUUGGAUACAAGUGUAGGUGUGAUUUUGGUUUCCAGUUAAAGAAAGAUGGGAAAACAUGUAUGGACAUUGACGAGUGCAUGACCACCUACCCCUGUGCCCAGCGCUGUAUCAAUACCUACGGCAGCUUCCACUGUUUGUGUGUAGAGGGCUUUGAGCCACGACACAAUGACUCGACUUCUUGCAAGUCGAUUUCAGCGGAGGAGCCCUUUCUCAUAUUUGUGGACCGUCACUAUUUGAGGAAGUUCAAUCUGAAUGGAUUCAACUACACUCUGAUCAAACAGGACUUGGACAAUGCUGUGGCUUUGGACUUCCACUAUGAACAGCAGAUGGUCUACUGGAUAGAUGUUUCCAGUCAUGGCAGCACAAUCCAACGCAUGCAUUUCAGUGGUAGUGAUGUGCAGCAGGUCCUCCACCACAUCUAUCUUGGAAGCGCAGAUGGAUUGGCUGUGGACUGGGUGGGAGGAAACGUCUAUUGGUGUGACAAGAGAAGGAGCACCAUUGAGGUGUCCAAGCUUGAUGGCACCUUCAGGGCGGUCCUAGUUAGCACUGGGCUGAGGGAACCACAUGCCAUAGCUGUCGACGUGCGUAACGGGCAUUUAUACUGGUCUGCCUGGGGCGACCAUCCUCACAUUGGGAGGAUAGGCAUGGAUGGAGACAACCGCAGCACCAUCAUCCAGGACCACAUCACAUUGCCCAGUGGCCUUACCCUAGACUUUGUCAAUGACCGUCUUUACUGGGCUGAUGCUCAUGAAGACAAAAUAGAGUUUGCCAACCUGGAUGGCAGCAACCGGCACAUGGUGCUGAGCCAGGGCAUCCCCCAUGUCUUUGCCAUUACCUUGUUUGAGGAAUAUAUCUACUGGACUGAAAGGGAGACCAAGUCCAUCAACAGGGCCCAUAAGACUCUUGGCACAAAGAAGAGCAUGCUGGUCAGCACACUACAUGAGCCAACAGGCAUCCAUAUAUAUCAUCCCUACAGACAGCCUAAAGUGGGCGACCACCCCUGCCAGACAGAUAAUGGUGGCUGCUCGGACCUGUGCCUGCUGUCCCCAGGUGGGGGCCACAAGUGUGCAUGCCCCACCAACUUCUACCUUGCCAACGAUGGGCGCCAGUGUCUGUCCAACUGUACUGCCAGCCAGUUUGUCUGCGAGAAUGGCAAGUGCAUCCCCUUAUGGUGGAAAUGUGACACAGAAGAUGAUUGUGGAGACAGAUCAGAUGAGCCCGCCAACUGCCGUCAUUUUAAGUGUGCACCAGGUCAGUUCCAGUGUGGCACUGGAAUCUGCAUCAACGCAGCCUACCUCUGUGAUGGAGACAAUGACUGUCUGGACAACUCGGAUGAGGCCCACUGCGACAUCCAUGUCUGCCUGCCCAACCAGUUCAAGUGCAGACAAAGUAACCACUGCAUCCCCUUAAACCUUCACUGUGAUGGUCAAGAUAACUGCGUGCAGGGCGAGGAUGAGGAGGGCUGUCCUGAACUCAAUUGCACUUCUAACCAGUUCCAGUGUGGCACUUCAAUGUUCUGUAUCCCACGCACGUGGGUCUGUGACCAUGACAUGGACUGCCCAGAUGGUUCAGACGAACGCGCCAACUGCACUCAGGCAAUCUGUGCAGAGAAUGAGUUCCACUGCAAAGAUUUUGGCCGCUGUAUCCCAGCACAAUGGAAGUGUGAUGGCGAUAAUGAUUGUCGGGACUCAUCUGAUGAACUCCAGGAGGAAUGUGGUGAGAGGAGCUGUGCACCUAGUGAGUUUCACUGUAAGAACAGCAAUUGUAUCCCAGGUCACUGGCAGUGUGACUAUGACAAUGACUGUGGAGACAACUCAGAUGAAGAUGAGUGCCCUCCCCACCAGUGCUCGCACAGUGAGUUUGCCUGCACUAAUAGACGCUGCAUUGCAGCACGGUGGAGAUGUGAUGGCGACCACGACUGUCUUGAUGGAUCAGAUGAGACUGGCUGUGAUCUUAUGUGUGAUAUUAGCCAAUUCCAAUGCAAGAAUGGCCACUGUAUUCCCAACCACUGGCACUGCGAUGGUGAUCCUGACUGUAUUGAUGGAAGUGAUGAAGGAAACUGUGACAGCCAAGUGGCAAGACACUGUCCUCUAGAUGAGUUCCAGUGCAACAACACGCUGUGCAAGCCUUUGGCAUGGAGGUGUGAUGGGGAAGACGACUGUGGAGACAAUUCUGAUGAGGACCCUGAGGAGUGCAGGAAAUUCCAGUGUCCACCUACCAGAAGCUUCCGCUGCCACAAUGACCGCGUGUGCCUGUGGAAUGGCAAGCGAUGUGAUGGCAUCAACAACUGUGGGGACAACACGGAUGAGCUGAACUGCCAUGCCCCCCCAACAACAUCCUGUGAGAAGGACAAGUUCCAGUGCAGCAAUGGCAAAUGCAUAAGUGCCAGCCUGCACUGCAACUUCUUCAAUGACUGUGAAGACUACGGCUCAGAUGAGAUUGGCUGCAAGAAAGACAGCACACUGAAUGGCUGCCUCAGAGGCACCACCCGGUGUGGAAAUGGGGAUGAGGCACACUGCGUCAAAAAUGGGACGGACACCUUCUGUUCCUGCAAACCAGGCUUCCAGAAGACAGAGCACAACACCUGCAUAGAUAAGAAUGAAUGUGAGCUGUUUGGAAUCUGCUCUCACCUAUGUGUGAACACCAAAGGCUCAUACAAGUGCAGCUGCCAUGAGUAUUUCACCAAGAUCGACGACACCUGUAAGGCUGACAGUUUGAACAGCGACAGAGAGGUGCUCUACAUCGCUGAUGAUAAUGAGCUUCGCAGCCUGGACCCCGGGAUGUGGGUGUAUGAGCAGGCUUUCCAGGGCGAAUCCAGUGUGCGCAUAGGUGCCAUCGACCUACACAUGAAGUCCAACAAGAUCUUCUGGACGAACUGGCACAGCCAUCGCAUUUCCUACUAUGAGCUGCCUGGCUCCACUAAGAUCUCAUCUGUGGACCAACACAGCAGGAGCCAGAGUGACCCCCGUGUGGUGGACCUGGAGAUUCCUGAUCUGAAGAUGCCACGUGGAAUUGCAGUGGACUGGGUGGCUGGCAACAUUUACUGGACUGAUUCAGCUCGGGGUGUAAUUGAAGUUGCCCAGAUAACUGGAUCGUACCGGAAAACCCUCAUCUCAGGCAUGACUGAGAAGCCCUACGUGAUUGUGGUGGAUCCCCCAAGAGGAACAAUGUACUGGGCAAACUGGGGAAAUCGCCCAAAGAUAGAAACUGCAGCUAUGGAUGGAACCAUGAGAAGCACGCUGAUCCAUGAGAACAUACAGUGGCCAACAGGCCUGGCUGUGGAUCACUUCAACGAGCGCCUGUAUUGGGCCGACGCCAAGCUCUCUAUCAUCUGCAGCGUGCGACUCUCUGGCCAAGACCCUGUGGUGGCUGUCACUGGUCUGAAGAACAAGCUCUUUCAUCCCUUCAGCAUCGAUAUAUUUGAGGAUUAUAUCUACGGCAUCACCUACAUUACUAACGUUAUCUUCCGGGUGAACAAGUUUGGCAAGGGCGUUAUGGAGAACCUGACCACUGGCAUUAACCAUGCUGCCGAUGUCGUGCUGUACCACCGCCAUAAGCAGCCUGAAGUGACGAACCCAUGUGAGCGGAGGAGGUGUGAGUAUCUCUGCCUGCUGAGCCCCACUGGCCCUGUCUGCACCUGCCCUAAUGGCCAAACUCUGGAUAAUGGUGCCUGUGUGGCAUCCAGCCCCACGAUAACACCCCCCUCGCCUCCUGCUGGCACCUGCAGCUUGCAGUGCUGGAAUGGUGGUAGCUGCUUCCUUAACGCCUACAACAAGCCCAAGUGUCACUGCUUGGCCAGUUACCGUGGCGAGAUGUGCGAGAUUGACCAAUGCCAGAACUACUGCCAGAAUGGAGGGAUGUGCACCACCUCCCAUACAGGAGUACCUACCUGCCGCUGUCCUGUUGGCUUUACUGGUCCCACGUGUGACAGCCAUACUUGCCAAGGGUAUUGCCUGAAUGGGGGAUCCUGCUCUGUGACCCUGGGCAACCAGCCCAGCUGCUCCUGCCUUGCUGAUUUCCUGGGGGACAGAUGCCAGUACAGCACAUGUGAUGGCUACUGCAAGAACAAGGGCAUAUGUCAGCAGGCCCCUGAUGGCUCCCAGCUGUGUCAGUGUCCCCUGAGGUUUCAUGGACGCUUCUGUGAGGUGGACAGCUGUCUGUACUGCGGGAACGGCCACUGCAUCCCCUCCAGCCCUCAGAGGCCCAGUGGAGGGGUCACGUGCAACUGCACUGACGGCAGGGUUCGACCAAGCUGCUUCACAUGCGACGAUUACUGUGUGAACGGGAACUGUACUAUGGACCCUGACACUGAAGUACCAGAGUGCCAGUGCCAUGAGGAAUGGGCGGGGCAACGCUGUGAGAAUGCUGCCUCUUCCAGGGAGCGGGGCUGGGGCAGUGUUGGCACAACCUCCACUACAAUUACAGUGCUAUUACUGCUUGCAUUGCUGCUGGUUGUUGGCGCCAUCUUCUGGUACAAGAGGAAAACUAGUGGGACCAAGGGGUUCCAGCAUCAGAGAAUGACCAAUAGGCUCACGAAUGUGGAGAUUGGGAACCCUGCAUACCAGAUAUAUGAAGAAGAGCUAGAUGAUAGUGCAAACGAACUCCUGAAUGCAGAUUUCUUGCUGGACCCAGACCAGCCCAUAAGCUUCACCAACCGGGUUUACGUGACCCUGAACGCGGGAGUCCACAGCAGCUUGGACUCACUGCCAAGCAUAGAGGAGACGGAGGAGUUGCUUGCACAAACAGAGGACAAUGCUGGGGACUUUCCUUACAUAUGUGAUACCCUGAACAUGGGAGCAAACAGCUUCCUGGACUCACUAUCCAGCAUGCAGGAGAAGGAGGAUGAUACAGAGGACCCUAACCCAUAGGCCUAAUAUAUGUGACGGCCCCUUAAAGUAAAUAACCCUAAGCCAUAGACACAGCCCGGCCUGUCUAAUGUAUGUGACGGCCCCUUAAAAUAAAGAACCCUAACCCAUAGACACAGCCCGGCCUGCCUAAUGUAUGUGACGGCCCCUUAAAGUAAAGAACCCUAACCCAUAGACACAGCCCGGCCUGCCUAAUGUAUGUGACGGC